AUGGAAUGCUUGACGGACGCUGUGGCUAAAGGGAAUGGCGUUAAGGAUGAGAGGGUCGGCGACGAUAAUUUGUUUCCGUUCACCUUCAGUCUGCCGGAAGAAGGGUUCAAAAAUCUGGUGAAAGAAGGGCUUAAAACAGGUGCCACCUCUGAGUGUUCUGGAACAUGUGUGCAAGAACGUUUCGGAAAAUGCCUGGUAGCGACCGAGUUCGAUGUUGCUUUUGGACGAAGGGGUGACUUGAUGCUCUACAACGUGCAUAUCCGUGAGUUUUAAAUAAAUAUCAUUGAACAUUUAAGAAAAUAAUCAUUGAUUAUUAAUCAAAUUAAUUUUUUAGUUGGUGAGCCGAGAAUCUGGUACUGCGCUUCUGGGAAAAAUAAGGCCGAAAGCACCGCGUCUAUCACAAUCAAGUUCGAUCCAAAAGCGUUUCCAGGAUGGCGGGUGUCGUCUGAUCACGGUUGCGGAGGGAACGCAUUGGACUACGAUAAGGAAGACAAAUACUGCCACACUGAACAGGUUCUUCGCAAGGCUGAGCAAUGGGAGAUCACAGACCAGGCGCAUAAGGACACGGAAUUCAAAUAUCUCUUCACG